AUUAAAAAUAGUGAUGCAAAAGACAAUGUAAAUUUUAUUCUCGAAAUUUCUUUAGCGCUCCUAUAGUAAAAUGGGCUUAAAGAAAAGAUAAUGUGUUUUUGACAGUUGAAACAAGAGAUUUGAAAGAUGAAAAAGUUGAUUUGACUUCUAACUCACUAAAAUUCUCAGCUAAUGCAGAAGGUAUUAAUUAUGCUUUUGAAAUUAAUUUCUUUGCCGAAGUUGUUGUUGAAGUAAAUAAAUUUAUUAUAUAAAUUAUAGGAAAGUAAAUGGACUAAUUAUGGAUUGAAUGUCAGAUUUAUUUUAUCUAAGAAAGAUAAAACUGCUUCAUAUUGGACAAGAUUAAUAAAGGAGACACAUAAAUUAUAAUACUUAUAGGUUUGAUAUAUUUUCUAAUAAAAGGUGGAUUGGACAAAAUACAUUGAUGAAGAUGAUGAAGCUGAAGAAGGAGGAAAAGGUUUAGAUGAUUGGGAUUAGAACAAAUUCUAAAAUUUCGAUUAAGGUGGUGCAGAUGAAGAUGAUGAAGAAGGUGAAGAAGAAUAACCAAAGGAAGGUAUANGGAAAUAAAACAGAUUUAAGUGAUAUGUACAACUUAAUAUAUAUUUCAGUA